AUGCGCGGCGGCAAAAUCGAGUGGGUGGGCUCGUUUCUAAAUCGUCUUUACAAGUACCGCGACAUCAGCCCGACAUAUGUCCAUGUCCUCAUGCCCCGUCUGUGGGACUGCCAUGUCCACUUCCUCGCGCUUGACGUUGCGAGCUCAGUAUCCGGGCUGGUGGGCUUUCUGCCUGGCUUCAGCGCACUCGCCGGCGCCAUUACAGUGGACGAUUUGAAAGCCACUUUGAACGCGGGAUACACGUCUGUUCGAGAGCUCGGCGGCUACCGGGGGGGUGUUUGGCCCGGCGUACAGAAUGGGCCGCUCGUAGGCCCGAAUAUCUACUCUGCCAUUGGCAUCAUGUCCAUCACCGGCGGGCACGGGGACGAACACAAUACCCCCUUGACAACCGUGGUUGAUGCCAUGACGUACGGAAGUAUCCCACUUGCAGUCUGCGACGGCGUAGAAGAUUGCACAAAGAUGGUCAGGAGAAUGGUCCGUCGCGGCGCCCGCGUCAUUAAGGUGUGUUCCAGCGGAGGAGUACUCAGUCUGAGCGAUGACCCUGAAGACCGGCGAUUCUCCGAUGAAGAACUCAAGGCCAUUGUCGAAGAAGCAGGCCGGAGUCGACGCGCUGUUGCUGCCCACGCCAUUGGCAAGGCAGGAAUUCUGGCCGGCCCCCGAGCUGGCGUGAAAACUAUUGAACACGGCAUGUACAUGGAUGAGGAAGUCGCCGACUUUAUGGUUAGGCAGGACGCCAUCUUCGUCCCUACGCAGCACAUUGUCCGGGUCUUGGCCGCCGACUACAUGGACCAACUCCCGGAACUUAAUAAGCGGAAACUACUCAAUUUGAUCGACAAGUCCAAGGAGUCAUACAAGCUUGCCAUCAGGAAGGGUGUCAAGAUCGCGCUGGGGACAGAUAUGGCGAGCAGCGAUCGCAAAUCGAGGCUUUCGCACGGUCAUAACGCAAAUGAGCUUGCGUAUGCGGUUGAACUGGGGAUGACGCCGUUGCAGGCGAUUGAGAGCGCGACGGCAAACGGGCCGCUAACGCUGGGUGGUCUUGCGCCGCUUAGUGGGCAGCAGAAGGAAGGAUAUGAUGCUGACGUGAUUGCCGUUAAGAUAAAAUCCCUUGCAUGA